GUGUGAGCCACAGCACCUGGCCUAGAGCAGGCUCUUUUGAAAAUGGAUAUGCAGGCAAAUGAGUCUAAAGGUAGUGAUGGAAAUGGAGGAGCAAAAGGGACAGGUAAAAUAAAAACAGAGUCUAGGUUCUAUUGGGUAUAGGAUCAGAAAUUGUCAACAAUCGGGUAGUGGGCUGGGCACAGUGGCUGAUGCCUGUAAUCCUAGCACUUUGGGAGGCCAAGGUGGGUGGAUCACCUGAGGUCAGGAGUUCAAGACCUGCCUGACCAAUAUAGUGAAACCCCGUCUCUACUAAAAAUACAGAAAUUAGCCAGGUGUGGUGGUGUGUGCCUGUAAUCCCAACUACUAGGGAGGCUGAGACAUGGGAAUUGCUUGAACCUGGGAGGCAGAGGUUGUAGUGAUCUGAGAUUGCGCCACUGCACUCCAGCCUGGGCAACAGAGCGAGACUCCAUCUCAAAAAAAAAAAAAAAAAAAAAAGAAUCAGGUAAUGGUGAGGACUGGCAUGAAAGGGGCACAGGACUGUGAAAACCUGAGUGACUCUGUCCUUCCCUCAUCCUCUAUCCCUGAACCAGGUCAGACAUAGAUGGAAUCAGAGCAGAAGUUGGUGUUGAUGUGGUUUCAGGUCCACCUAUCAGAGUUUGAGAGAUUUAGGCCAUGAACCAUUAUGAAUAUAGAUGAGAACCUUUGUAAUUGCUGAAGGAGGUAGUAGUGCAGCCAAGUCCUGUGUGCAAGACCUGCUGCUCCCAGUUAGUACGGACCCUUGUGACAUUCACAGAAGCUCAGAAUGUCUGAGAUGCUCUGGAGGCUACCUUAUCUCCGUCUGCAGCUACAACUCCAAUGAUCACAAUCAGUGCUAUGCUGGCACAGCCAGCCUGGCCCUGCUCUGGAUUGGAGGCAUCCUCAAGGGCUGCUUCCUGUGGAAGCAGUUUCACUGGACUGAGGGGAGCCACUGGAAUUUUGGAUACUGUGCCUUAGGGUCACCCGGGAAUGGGAACGGUUGCUGUGUGGCCCUGUUUGCCAGAGGGGGGCCAUUGGUGAUGAGCCCUAUGCAAGUGGCACCUGUCCUUCACCUGCUCCUUCUAAGCCAGCGGGAUGGAGACCCUCCAGAGAGAAUAUGUGAGUUCCUGUCCUUAUGAGAGACGUGGUAUGGGUAUUGAGAUGACUGACUUGUCAAAUUAGUUCAGAAAGAUUUUUGACAACUACUACAAGAUCAUAAUGUAGUUAAACAAAAACCUGUGAUAUGUGUUAUUUGUUUGUUUUUAGAUAUUAGAGAAGGGAAUACAUUUUAGCAAG